AACCAACCGUCAUUAUUGUUCUACAGGCUAGCUAGACUAGCCAUAUUAGGAACGAGGGGAAACCACUUUCAAUGUAGAUCUUUUUAUUUCCCAAUAAAUCAAAUGGUUUUGCGAGAUGGCGAUGUGAUUUUACCUGUGUAGCUGGAUAAACGUUAGCUAACAUUAGGCCUAUGGUUUGUUUGUUUAUACGACCGAAUUCACAUGGUGACGUGGUUGGCGAAGACUGCAACUUUGUCACGAGACUUGCACUUUCAAGAUUCCUGAAAUGCGUGUUCAAAUUGGAAUGCACACGGAUAAAUUAGCUACGUACUGUUUUUCGAUAAAUAACUUCUAAUCAUUACCCGUAUGUCUAUGUAAGUGUUGUAAUUUAUUUUAAAUGGGCGAUUAUUAAAUAUGACGAAAGUGGCGAAUAGAAUUUAAAGCUUCAAAAUACACGUACGUAGAUAGCCCGUCGUAUUGACCUAGCUGGCUAGCUAAUGAAAAUAAACAGAAGAAAUGGGGCAGUUGUCACACUCAGAUUUGCUAAUCGCUUGAUUUUAUUAUAUUUAAUAUCUCAAUUGCAUGUCACUAGGACGCAUUAAACGUGGUGCUGGUCGUAUAAUUUAAUCAAACGAAACAUCCCUGAAAUACCGACGGUGAAAUCUGAAAUUGUAAUGAACUGCGCCUUCCAAUAUGGAGAGUGAUCUCAGCCCGCAGGACAAGAAAGACCUGGACAAAUUUAUCAAAUUCUUCGCGUUGAAGACUGUACAGGUGAUUGUUCAGGCUCGCCUUGGAGAGAAGAUCUGUACUCGCUCCUCAUCCUCACCCACAGGCUCAGACUGGUUUAAUCUUGCAAUAAAAGAUAUCCCAGAGGUGACACAUGAAGCCAAGAAGGCACUGGCUGGCCAGCUGCCUGGCAUUGGCAGGUCAAUGUGUGUGGAAAUAUCCCUGAAGACCUCAGAGGGGGAUUCCAUGGAGUUGGAGACCUGGUGUUUGGAGAUGAACGAGAAGUGUGACAAAGAUAUCAAAGUCUCCUACACCGUAUACAACAGACUGUCCUUACUGCUGAAAUCACUGCUAGCCAUCACAAGAGUAACCCCGGCCUACAAGCUGUCACGAAAGCAAGGCCACGACUAUGUCAUUCUGUACAGGAUAUAUUUUGGGGAAGUUCAGCUUGCAGGUCUUGGAGAGGGUUUCCAGACAGUGCGUGUGGGUGUUGUGGGGACUCCCAUUGGUACCAUAACCCUGUCCUGCGCUUACAGAACCAACCUGGCCUUCAUGUCCACCAGACAGUUUGAGAGGACAGCCCCAAUAAUGGGCAUCAUAAUCGAUCACUUUGUGGAGCGUCCCUUCGCCAAUAUAGGACACAUGCACCCGUGCAACUACAGGACUGCGGGCGAUGAGGAUGGAGUGACGUAUGCUGGUGUGGAAGACUCCCAAGAAGUGUGCACCACCUCUUUCUCCACCUCACCCCCUUCACAGUGUGUGGUCACUGCUGGUAAAACACACAUUAAGAGCCCUAAACCAGCUGUGAUGGACACUCUCAAGGUCCCCAUGAUGGGCCUGGCCUGUUCACACCAACUGUACAGCUCUCGUCUUUCCUAUCAGCCUCCUGCGCUCGGAGCGGCCGAGCCCUGCUACCCGGCCGUCUUUAACACUGCCCAUCCACACCAGAUGGUGGUCCCGGGGAAGGAGGGCGGGGUGCCCCACGCACCCCUGCAGCCCUCCCACGGCACCCCGGCAGACCUGGGACGAGUGCCCGCCUGCCACCCUGCAGAGACCGCCCACCACCACCACCACCACCACCACCCCGCUACACCCGCCAACGGUGAGGACGCUGAGACCAUGUCCCGGAGCGGCGAGGUGAAGGGCCUGUCCCCCUCCAGCGCGCUGGAGACCACCUUCACCAGGAAGGUGGGCGCCUUCGUCAACAAGCCCACCACACAGGUGACCAUGACCAGUCAGGAGCUGCCCUUCGCUGCCUUCGCUCCGAAAGCGUUCGACUCGGAGGAGACCGAUCCCAUGGUGCAGCCCCCAGAGUCCCCCACCACGGCCUCCCCCCUGCAGGGCAGCCUGCACUCGCAGGGCUCCAGUGACAGUGGCGGCCCCGCGCAGGACGACUUCGUCAUGGUCGACUUCAAACCCGCCUUUUCCAAGGACGACCUCCUUCCCAUGGACCUGGGGACGUUCUACAGAGAGUUCCAGAACCCUCCGCAGUUGGCCAGCCUCACCAUCGACGUCAGCGCCCAGUCUAUGGCCGAGGACCUGGACUCGCUGCCGGAGAAACUGGCCCUGUACGAGAAGAACAUCGACGAGUUUGACGCUUUUGUGGACACCUUGCAGUAGGGCCGCACAGCUCCACUGGCCCAACUCUAGUCUUCUCACCUCACACUGAAAAACAUAACUUCUUAAUUCAUCCACUGGAGCGCACCUCUCUCCUUUACAUCGGGUUUUUUUAAAGAUAAGGCCAAUGGUGGGGCCUAUCUUUUUAAACUUCAAAGGAAUAAUUGAAUUGUAAAAUGUUCUCAUUAACUUAUACCCUGCACUUUGGAUCAGCUGACACAAUUGAAUUAUGUUUUUAUUGAAACUGCUUUCUGACUUUAAGAGUUGUGGCUGGUGUGUAUGGUCCUUGUUCUUUAGCACAUCUGAAGAGCUCAAAGGCCCUGCUAUCCACAGUAGAUAACUGUAGAGGCCUCUGAUGUUGUACAGACAGAGAUUCGGUCACGAGUCCUGAUGUAAAUACCAGCUUCUCCUUUCCGUAUUGUUAUUUAUCUGAACCGAGACGAGAGACACGUCUUAUCAUCGUUUGAAGAACGUCACCAUUAUCUCUGCUAGUUGUGACACUGAAAAUGUCCUUUGUGUCGGUGAUAGAGACAGGGCAGUCAUGUUUAGACAUAAGACGAGUAGACACAAUUAUCUGUGUCUCCACCCCCCACCACACAUAAAAACAGAGGUCACAUUUUUAUGUUUAUGCCAUAAUUGAGACUGAACGUUAAUUGCUAGGGGCUUCAAAUUAGAAGUGAACCAGGCCAAGUAGUGAAGUGCUUCUUUAAAAAAAUGUUUUUUAAAAAAGCUGCAACGUGACCUUUCAUGUUGACUUUCCACCCCAGAGACAUUUAGUUAAGGGGCACAGUCACAGUCAAUCAAGAGGACAGGGAUAUGCACUACCGUACAGUGGAGUCUGAAUCAUUGUGUUUGGUCAUAAUAUGAUGCUACAGAUUUUCGCCUUGUUCCAGCAGCUCUUUAGCCUUAGAGUGCUCGUAUCCUGCACUUCAUCAGUGUCAAACACCUAUAACUGUUUCCAUCCCCGCCACAGGCUUGGUUUAUAAAGCAUGGCUGUGUUGUAUAAUAAACCUGACUUUUAUGUUACAAA